AUGUGUCAGGCUACACCCACUAUGUGUCAGGCUACACCUACUAUGUGUCAUGUUACAUCCACUAUGUGUAAGGCUACACCCAAUAUGUAUCAGGCUACACCCACUAUGUGUCAGGCUACACCCAUUAUAUGGCAGGCUACACCUACUGAGUGUCAAGCUAUACCCACUAUAUGUCAGGCUACACUCCCUUUAUGUCAGGCUACACCCACUAUGUGUCAGGCUACACCUACUAUGUGUCAUGUUACAUCCACUAUGUGUAAGGCUACACCCAAUAUGUAUCAGGCUACACCCACUAUGUGUCAGGCUACACCCACAAUGUGUCAGGCUACACCCACUUUGUAUCAGGCUACACCCAAUAUGUGUCACGCUACACCUACUAUGCGCCAGGUUAGACCCACUGUGUCAGGUUACACCUAA